CGCGCCCGGCCGGGAGCCGCCUGUUGAUCGCCGCGCUCGCCCCGGCCACGGCGCCGCCCUGCUCGCCAGCCCCGCUCCUUCGGGGCAGACGGACUGACGGCCCGCACCGCCCGCUCCGGGAUGGGCUCACGCACGGUAUUCUGAAGUCUCAGGAAGCUGGCACAGUUAAAUGUUCAUGGCCCAUGAGAAAGUCAUAUAAGAAACCAUGGCACUCCCUUUUCAAAAAGAGCUGGAGAAAUACAAGAACAUUGAUGAAGAUGAGCUUCUUGGCAAACUCUCAGAAGAGGAACUGAAACAGUUGGAAAAUGUUCUUGAUGACCUAGAUCCCGAGAGUGCACUGCUGCCAGCUGGAUUUCGACAGAAAGACCAGACGCAGAAAGCAGCCACGGGCCCGUUUGACCGCGAGCACCUCCUCAUGUACCUGGAGAAGGAGGCUUUGGAACAGAAAGACAGGGAAGACUUUGUGCCCUUCACCGGAGAAAAGAAAGGGAGAGUCUUUAUCCCCAAAGAAAAGCCCAUAGAAACUCGUAAAGAAGAAAAGGUGACCCUGGACCCAGAACUGGAAGAAGCUUUGGCCAGCGCCUCCGACACUGAACUCUAUGAUCUUGCAGCUGUUCUUGGAGUACACAAUUUGCUCAACAAUCCCAAGUUUGAUGAAGAAACGACCAACACGAAAGGCGGCAAAGGGCCUGUGAGAAAUGUGGUCAAAGGUGAAAAAGUCAAGCCAGUAUUUGAGGAACCACCAAAUCCCACAAAUGUGGAAGUAAGUCUACAGCAGAUGAAAGCCAAUGAUCCCAGCUUGCAAGAAGUCAACCUCAACAAUAUUAAGAACAUUCCAAUUCCAACCCUGAAGGAAUUUGCAAAGGCUCUGGAGACCAACACUCACGUGAAAAAGUUCAGUCUGGCCGCAACCCGCAGCAAUGACCCUGUGGCAAUUGCCUUUGCAGAUAUGCUAAAAGUAAACAAGACCUUGAAAAGUCUAAACAUAGAAUCCAAUUUCAUCACUGGUGCUGGGAUCCUGGCCCUUGUAGAGGCACUAAAGGAAAAUGACACCUUGGUCGAGAUCAAGAUAGACAACCAGAGACAGCAGUUGGGAACAGCCGUGGAGAUGGAAAUUGCCCAGAUGCUGGAGGAGAAUUCCAGGAUCCUCAAGUUUGGAUAUCAGUUUACCAAGCAAGGACCACGAACAAGAGUGGCAGCUGCCAUCACAAAGAAUAAUGACCUGGUUCGUAAAAAGCGAGUUGAAGGUGACCGAAGGUAAACUUCCACAAAAAGAGGUGAAGUUUCCCCACGGCAGCACUUUAAAAACAGAAGUUCUUCUCCUUCUUCACUGGGACCAUUUUAUGAAAGGUUGUUCAUUUCCAUUAACCAAGCAACUAGUAAUUUAAUUGUUAUUCUUUUUUAGUGCUACGUAUUUGUCUUGGAUUUUUUAACAUAUGCAACAUAUGUUUUAUUUGCCCCUGGACACCUCUGGCGACUUGCACUAAUGGAUUUAUGCAGAUCUUAGUCAGUGACAGCAAUCAAAAAUGAUUUAACCAUUUUCAUACUGGGUUGUCUUGCUUUCUUAUGUGAACUUUUUUUUUUAACCAUUGAAAGGAACUUAGUAUAUAAAUGUGUUUGUAACUGUGAUUAAGAUAGAGGCCUACCUCUGUUUACAUGCAUAGCUUUGAGUUAGGCUAAAUAUAUCAGAAGUGUUCCGCUGACCACAUAAGAUAAGUUAGUAUUGCCAAUCUUUCACUGACUGAGAAAAUGUGACCAAGUUAGCACAAAUUCUCCCUUAGUUCCAGAAAAGUCACUAAAUGCAAAUGCCCUGCUGGUUGAAGAUCAGUGGUGUCAUCCUCGUAAAAAGAAGACAGCGUUAUGAUACAUAAACACAGCUUUAGCAAAUAAGUAUGAAAUAUUUAUUCACCCACAAAUAUAGCUUUAAGCCAGACUCAUGGGUAGCAAAGUGAAUUAGCUACUUUUACUGAUUAUUCCACAUACAUUCAGUCUUUAACAUCACUCUAUGGAUAACAUUUUACAAAACUGUUUUAAAGUUUUCCAGCCAUGAUGGGAAAUUUUUAAAUUUUAGUCAGAGGAAAGCUUUUCAAAUAGUACAUUCCUAAAUAAAACAGUAAUUAUUGUACCUUAAGGUUAUCUACUAUACACGAUUACAGUAUUUUGGCAGAUUUUAGAAGCAUUUAUUGCUUUGUCUUUAGGGCAACAAGAUCACAGGAUGAAAUAUAAAUGUUCAAGAUAAUUAUGUAGAUUUUGUCCACAUGGCAUGAUCCAUCCAGAUACGUGCAAACAUCAGGAAAAAAUGUGAAUUAUUAUUUAUCCAGAGUUUGUUAUCUCAAGGACAAAGCCUAUGAAAGUACAACUGAGAUGACUGCCUGAUAGAUGCUUGAAUCGUUUCAUCCAACAGCCAAUAGUGUCAUGUUAAGCUAAGGAAAUAUGUGACUGCAGCCUUUGGCACCAGCUCUUUGAUAACUGUCAGUGCCUGAGGCUAGAAUUAAUGGCCCUCUGACACUGCCUUAGGCUCCUCUCCCUCCUCUUCCCCCUCCUUUCCUUCCAUUCAUUCUCUUUCUUCUCUGUAAUUCUGAGCCUUGUAAAAGUGAUGUUCUUUGUCUUGAUGAUACCUGGAGCUAAAGGAAUUGCUGAGUCAGGCAGAACAUGGGCCCAAUGAAGAAUUCACUAAGUAAUUGAGUGUUCCUGAGUUGCUUGAUAGCGAUAAAACAAAUAAAUGGGAAAACAACUCAUACAUUAUUCUAGUUAGUUUAUAAAACACACAGAAACUGGAGAGAAAGUCCUUUCAUUAGCCACAAAAGUCUGUUGGGUUUUUCCUUAAUACCUUUUCGACCAACUUUUUUGACCUUUGAACAAACUUUUUGACCAACCCAAUAAAAUUAGAUAUUUACUUGUAAGUGCCCACAUCUCUAGCUCUAAAAUCUUUUGAAAAAAGAAAAAGAAAAAAAAAAAGAAGAAGAAAACAAAAUAAAAUCUUUUAAGAUGUAAGAAUAUUUUAUUAUACUUUUUGAGGGAAUAAUGAGCAGAACAUGUUGAAUUUUGGAAAUCACAAAGAUUCUUUAGUUUUCUGCUAGAUUUCCCUAUGUAUUAAAAAAAAAGUAGUAACUACUCUUUGAUUUUUUUAUUUCCCUUUUAUUCAUUUUGAUGUGGUAUAUUGGAGCCAACUCAUACAGGUUUCACCAUUAUUAAAUUAUCAAGAGUCUUGCAAACUGGUUGCUAAGUACAACCAUUAUUAAAAAUUAAAUGGCAUGCACUUACAAUUAAAUAAUUAUAUCAAAAAAACAAAAGUAAUACUCAAAAAUGCAUUUUGCCAUUUUCGUACUCUUGAGAUUAUUUGCACCAACUGUGUUUUUGGCACAAAUUUUUUUGGCAGAAAUACUAUAUCGUGGUAUGCUAUUAUACAUCUCUCCCCAGCUCACUAGUUCUUCCCAACUAAGAAGUUCUGUACUUCUUGUUGGUAGUUUGAAAUUGAUCAUAGCAUGGAAAUUGAUAAAUGUUGUAAAUCAAGACUUUCCCUUAUCUCACCUAUCCCAGGUUGCUGGUUCAUGCAUCUACCAUCACCAUAGCUAAAAUGUAUACAGUUUUUCUUCUUCUUUUUUUUUUUUUUUUGGUAUACAUGUUUUGUUUACCGUGUUGCCAAAGGGAAGAACACUUCUGUUUCUUAGUUGUCUUUCUCCUCUCCCUUUAGAUUUGUUGCAAAUAUAUUCAAGUGCAGAGUCCCUGACAUGCCCCACUAAGUAAGGCUUUUUCCUUUCUGUUCUCAUUUACUCUUUUUCUUGCUUUCUCCCCUAAGAAAUCUUGGAUCCUACAGAGUGUUCCCUGCAGCCCCAAGAUACUGUGGACCCGGGGCUAAAACAGUUCUUGGCAAACUCUGGCAGGAAGAAGGAAAAAGGCCAGGACUUGAUAGUGACUGUGCUGCAGUUGUUGAUAGUAUUAAAGCAAACUAAUGGGAUAUUGUCAAAAUUUAGCACUGUUUUUAGCUUAUAAAAUAGGUCAAAUGUAUAUAGAAUCUAUUGAAUCAAAUAUUUAUUAUUAAUCAACUUAUCAUUACCUGUGUUUUUGAAGUAGCUUUAAAGGUGGCAUUUCCAUGAGUAUUCACGUAACUAUUAGAAGAUAAAUUUGGAGGGCCUACAUAUCAUUUUGGAGAAGGAAAUGGCAACCCACUCCAGUAUUCUUGCCUGGAGAAUCACAUGGACAGGGGAGCCUGGUGGGCUGCUGUCCAUGGGGUUGCACAGAGUCGGACACGACCGAAGCAAUUUAGCAUAUAUCAUUUAAUUAACCUAGGAUUUCAUUUCCCUGUCUCCGCAGUGUAUGUAAGUAGAAGUUCCUUUGUGAUUCUGAGCAUGGUUAAUCCCUUACCAUCCAUCAUGGUGGGGCGUAAUGUAUAUACAAUAUCUUUAUACAUAUGCAUUUUGUCAAAUAUUAUGUCAAUAUAUUUGGCAGCAUCUGGACAAUUGAUUGAAGGGAGGUCAUCUUUCCCCAGACCACCUCCUUUCCCCUGUUAGACUUGUACAGGCCCAUCCUAAGUGUAAAAUCAUUCACCUGGACUUGCAGGCUCCUGUCACCAACACCCAUUCCAGCAUAUGUGGAAGAUAACUUUUAGGAGAUACAUUCUGGAAGUCUAGAGCGAUCAUGUCAUUAGUCCAGCACAACAUCUCCCCAUCUGCCAGAAGUGUGUGAUGAAAGCUGCUUUAUCCUCGUCAGCACGAUUGAAUCCCUGCCUUUCAUCUUAGUAGGGCAUAAUGUAAAUAAAUGUCAUGUGAUUGUGUGUGUGUGUUGCCAAAUAUCUACCUGGGUAUUUGGCUGCAUCUGGACCACUGAUUGAAGGGAGAUACUCUCUCCCCAGCCCCAUUCCCCUUGUUCUUUUUAGAGCUGCUUUAGGCGUAGGUUAAAUGUGAAAUCCCUCCCUAGAAAUUGCAGCUUAGGUCACCAACCACCAAAUUUCACAGCACUAUGGAAGAUAACUUUUAGGGAAGCCUGGAAAUCUUUUCAUUGUCCCAGCACCAAAUCUCUCCAUAUGCCUAAAGUGUAUGAGUGAAAGUGCUUUCAUCUCCAUCAACAUGCUUAGGCCCGUUCCUUCCAUCUUUGUAGGAUAUAUUGUAUAUAGAUACUUUGUACAUUAAAGAUUGCCAAAUACUAUAAAGGAGGUAUUUGGCCAAAGCUGGACUCCUGAUUGAAGGGAGAUGCGGUCUCCCAGUCCCUCUCCCCUCUCCUCUCUCAGAGUUGAUGCGGGCCUAGGUUAGGUAGAGAACCACUAACCUGGAGGGGCUCGUGCAGCUCACCCAUCUUAAAGCACUCAGUUCAUCUUACAAUACAAGCCCAUCUCCAUUUAAAAACUCACAAAGCAUCCCAAUGCCUAUACUCCUCAAAACAAUUUCCCUAAGGGAAGCCAGGCACAUCAAAUCAAAAGAAUGGCUGCUUCCCUUCCAGACAGAAAUGUGGCCCCUGGCAGGGCACCAGCAUUAAGGAAACCAGUGUGUUCUGAAUAACUGCCAUGAGAACAUUUCAGUCAAACCCGAAACCGGUUUAAGCAUCAACAUGCUUUAAAUGUAAGAUAGCCCUUUAAAAGUUCCAAGAGUUUGAGGAUAUUUUCCUUUUUUGUGGUCAUGAUAUACUUAGCCCUCUUCUAGGCACCGUGAAGGAGACGGGAAGUGUAAGAUUAUUAUAAUUUGACCUGUGCUUCUGAGUUUUGGGGUAGAGUGCCCUUUUGGAAAGUGGAUACCAUUUUUUGGCUCAAGUAUUGAUUGCACAUGCAAAAACUAGCAGGGAGCAGGGCGCUGUGAGCACUGGGUUCUGUGCCGUGUUACCUAUCCCCAGGAGAACUGUUUCUGGAGUUGGGUUUGAAGUCUUGAUUCUGUAGCUUCCUUCUUCUCUUCCAUUAAUGAAGCAUGAUAGCUGUAUUCAUUGUAAUGAACAGAGAACUAAGAAAUAUUUUAGCUUUGCAUAACAGUAACAGUUUCCCCUUAUUGCUCCUAAUUUAAAAUAUCCCUGUCACUCACUGUGCCAUCCUCAAUACUCAAGGAUGGAGACACAUGCAAAGGAAAGGUGUGAGAAUGCUUGGGAGCAUCAGGCAUGCCCUCUGGAUGAAAAUCACAUCAUCAGGCCCCUGGUAACAAGCUGGAGAGAGAAAAGUACCCAGAACUUCAAGGAUGUAGUCACUGUUCUUGCUCCCAACUCUAGGUCAGAUCAAAUUCUGUUUUGUGGUUCAGGAGUUUAGUAGUGUGGAGGGGCUAGGUGCUGUGGAGAAGGAAGAUGGAAAUUAAUGUUUUUCAUUUGCUUAGGGGUAGAAGUAAGCUCUGCUCAGCUUACCUCUUUCUCCUCUGCCCAUAACAGCUAUGAUUAAACAUUCAGAAGAUGGAUGGAGGAGGAGUGGCAAGGUUUGAAUUUAUAACCUGCCUGUUCUAGGAAGGCUGUACACAUAUCAGAGGUUAUCCCAGUUCUGUGAUGCAUCGUUGAUUUGGAGGAGGGUGAAGGAGACUAGACUUUUCUCUGACAUCUUCCAUGGUAGUCAUUCUGAGCACAUUGGCUCUGCUAGUUGGUAUGGUGGCAGGGCACCAUACUAACAGAUUUGGAGACUGACUCCUAAUCCCAUCACCAACACUUAGCAGGUAUAUGAUCAUGGGCAAUUCAUUCAAUUGCCUGACAAUUAUAGACUAUAUAGGGGGAAGAGCACUGGAUUUGGAGUCAAGACACUUGGACACUUGGCUCCAUACUUUCUUAGCUGGGAGACUAUGGGCUAAGCCACUCAGUCUCUCAAACCUAAGGUUCUUCAGUUAUACUAUAACGGGAAUAAUCUUCACUAACUACCUCACAGAGUUGUGGUGAGAAUAUAAUCAGCUAUUGGGAUGAAAACACUAUACUGGAAAGGGCUAUACAAAAGUGGGAGAUCAUUUUUUAUUAUCUAUUCACUACUGUUUUCCACUGCCUCUUGAAUCUGUUUUCUUUUCUUCUAAGCAACAAUUACAUCUUUCACGUCUUUUUGAAUAUGGGGAAUUGAAGCAUGGGUAUGAUGUCGGGGACUGGAGUUAUUUUACUUUCAACAUAGAAGUAGGAGAAGUGGUUGACAGGUGCUGUGGGUGUUAGACA